UGUUCCAAACGGAAGUCUUCUGCCACCCUCUGGGGUCUUACCUGUCUGCACACCGAUGUGAAAGACUUCUGAUCUUUUUCGGCGAUAUUCUCCCAUCCCGGUUGCGAGGAAGAAAUUAUCAUUUCUUGGAAAUUGGGAGAGAUAAGUCGAGUUUUCUCUCAUGAUUGGAUGUCGUAGAAGGGUACUUAAAGUACUUUUUAUAUUUCUCUUACAAGUUGGAAUCGCAACUCUCACAGAUGUGGACGACGGGCCGGACAUUUGCCCCCGCGAUCGAGAUGAAGCGGCAUCCAAAGGACGGCAGUGUCUACGCAAAUGCAAAAACGAUGCCGAUUGCAUUAGUACUCGGAAAAGAUGCCUGUGCGAUGGGUUGUGCGGUUGGAGCUGUGUCAGACCAGAUCUGCACUGUGAAGAGCUACCCACUCCAGAGAAUGGUGCCAUCAAGGUGACAGGAGAGAUGUUCGGGGAUAAGGCUACGUACACUUGCAGGGAGGGAUACUGGCUUUCCGGGGCUCGGGAAAGAGUAUGCCAAGGUGAUGCCACCUGGAGUGGGAAACAGCCGGAAUGCAAGCUCAAAAUAGGAUCGAUGUGCACGCCCCCUCCGCAAGUGCCGUAUGCUCGACAUAGUGCACCGCUAGACAAGGACGACUUUCCCACCGACUCCAUGGUUCAGUAUACCUGUUUUCCCGGAUACAAUCCCAAGGGCUUUCCAAGAGCAAAGUGCCUGCAGUACAAUGGUACAGCACAGUGGUUUGGGCCGGAUCUCAGAUGCUUACCCCGCAGCUGUGGUCCUCCCGGAGACAUCGAGCAUGGCUUAAGGGAAGGAGACACCUUCACCUUCACGAGUCGGGUCACCUAUAACUGUUCGGAAGGGUUCGAGAUCAUCGGACGGCCCUACAGGUACUGCCAGUCCAACGGACAGUGGAGUGGACAGCUUCCCGAAUGCAGACCCGUUCAGUGCGACAAGCCUGCGAAUCCACAGAAUGGAAGAGCCCAUUACACGUCAGUCUCCUACAACUCGGUCGUCAAUUACGAAUGCAGGUUCGGCUUCAAGCUGGUGGGUCCCGCGACCAGAACGUGCAACGCCAGCAAACAGUGGGAUGGAAUAGAGCCCUUCUGUGAAGAGAUCAAAUGCGAAGAUCCCGGUCCCUUCUACAACGGCUAUUUCGAGGGGAGGAGCUACAGUCUGGGAUCCACUGUCUUCUUUCGGUGCUUCGAGGGGAUGAAAAUGGAGGGUGCAAGAUCGGCCACAUGCCUUCAGAGCGGUAACUGGUCAAACCCGAUUCCCAAAUGUUUAUCGCCGUGCAUCGUGCCGGAGAUUGAACAAGGUAAUUUCACUGAUUACAGUCCAGGGGCAAGAGUCCCCCACGGGGUGGAGAUCAACAUCACCUGCGAGCCUCGAUAUGAUGUUAUCUAUAACGCAACUCCCAUCAGCUGCAACAAUGGAACAUGGACCCACGUGCCGACCUGCGUACCGGCGAGGUGUCGCCAGUUGCCUGAAAAGCCUAAGAACGGCCUAGUCAUAGCUCCUAAGACAGACCAUGGAAUGAAGGCUCUCUUCUUGUGUAGGGAUGGCUACCAACUGUCUGGACCCAAUGUUACUGAGUGUCACUAUGGAGAGUGGACCUUACCAUCCCCUGUCUGUAAAGAGAUCUACUGCCCAUUUCCGGGAUUUCUACCUAAUGGUCGAGUUCUACUGGUGGGCUACAUGGGUAUGUACGACUACCGACCGUACGUCAGAAAGGUGACCAACAACCGACAGAUCAUGUACGAAUGCCAUCGCCACUACACCCUCAUGGAUGGACCUCCAGGGGCCACCUGUGUCGAUGGACAGUGGAGCCCGAAACAGAUGCCCAGGUGUGUUCGAGGCUCCCAUCCUGUUCUGACUACUCAGCGAAGGCGGAGAGAGCUCCUGAGGGAUCGACUCAGGAGAGGUGGAAAGAGAAGGAGACGAGGUAAAACAACUCGGAGUAAAGACAGGAUGCCCAAAGAAGCCUGCGCUUUAAGAGAGACAGAUUGGAUGGAGGUGGAAAUCGUGCGCAUGGGCAGAGGGAACGAGUCCCUGCCCCACGGGACGGUCAUCAACGUCACGUGCACGGCAGGAUACCAGCUGAACAUAGGCAACCGGACGGCUAAAUGCGUCCGGGGCAGGUGGAAGCCCAAGGAGCCCGAGUGCCAGACCUUGCCCUGUCCUGUACCAACAACCCCUAACGGAGUGUACCACCAUUUCCAGAGGGCAGUUGAUUCAAGAGAAGACAUCUCCCAUGGUGAAGUCAUCAUGCUGACUUGUCUGCCGGGCUUCCAGCAAAUGGGACCGGAUUCACUUCGGUGCUGGUACGGAGAGUGGGCAGUCGACAAUUUGCCAGAAUGUGUCCCAAAGCCCUGUGAGCUUCCCGUGAUCCCCCAAGGCCACUACUUGAGUGGCUACAGACCGGGCUUGACCAUCUCCCAUGGUUCUUCCGUCGACUAUGACUGUAAGCCGGAUUACGUGAAGAUCACUGACGAAAUCAUUCAGUGCCUGGAAGGGUCUCUAAGGCCAUUUGCGCCGACCUGCCAGCACCACACUCUCAAAGUGGACUCUGUCAUAUCACCAGAUGACAUCCAAGAAACGGAUAUCCGGUACCGACAACCUGUUAGAGGUGCCGAUGGCACACCAGUGGAUGGCACUGACGGCUUUCGACCCUGCGGGCCUCCCGAAAGACAACAAAAUACCCUGCUCUACCCCACCACCAGUAAGUCUCGCAAAAAUACAGGCAUGUUGGCUGACGAAGGGGAGGAGAUCGUGACUGAGAGUCAACCCCGAUGGUACGCCCACAAUACUGAGGUCCGAUUCAACUGCAUACGUGGUAUCUACGGAGAGAAGACCACCUGGAAAAUUGUUUGUGAAGAUGGCAAUUGGGUAGGCGGAGCGUAUAAAUGUGAAAAUGAACCAGAACCACCACCCGAUGAGGACAGACGGAACAAAUCAUGCGUGUUCCUGAACACCGAACCGAACCUAGUAGCAUUCAUGGGCGACGAGUUGAUCGUUGACGAAGAGACCGAGCACCCUCCGCACACUGAGCUUGUCUUCAGAUGCAAGGACAUUGGAAAGUACAGCCUCAUCGGAAGCGUCAGGCGGAGGUGCAUCCACGGAGACUGGGAUGGGGUCAAGCCAUCCUGUUACGGCCUCUCUCAAGAGAACGACUACGCCCUUGAGAAACCACCCACCAUCCUGUUCCGCCACCAACUAGGUCCCAUCGCCCAAAGCAACGAAGGCAAACUGAUCGUCUAUCCCGGCACAAUCCUCCACUUGGAAUGCUUGUGGAUCAGAAAGUACGGCAUACCACAUUGGCAGGUCAGCCAUUCCUAUAGAAAGUACCCUGAAGGUUGGACAAAUGAAGCAGGCAGAGAUCCUCAACUGGAAUACAGAUUGUCGAUUUAUCAUGCCCAAAAGGAUGAUUCUGGACGCUUUACUUGUAUAACCCCCAUGGGGCAUAGGCAUUCGGUUGACAUCGUGGUGGCAGCCGUACACUGCCCAGAAUUCCGUAUAACUCCCGGUCUUCAUGUUAGCAAUCCAAGUACGAAACUGGACACCAAAGUGGUGUUCUCCUGCAAAGACGGACAGACUUUGAUUGGUGAGGAAGAAGCCACAUGUCUCCCGUCGGGCAAUUGGUCAGCGGAGGCUCCGAUCUGUAGAGUGACAGAGUGUCCGGACAUUUCGAAUGUGACAAACGAGUUCUUGCAAGCCAAGAUUUCCGGACUAACGGUAGGAUCACGGGCGAAUUUCUCUUGUCCUUCCGGAUAUGGACUCAGAGGGGAGAUGGUCCUGGAGUGCCUAGAUACAGGACAGUGGUCAGCAUCUGUACCUUAUUGUGAAGAAGUCAUAUGCGAAUCUCCAGAAGUGCCCAAGAAUGGAUAUCUUCAAAGCAGCAACAAAGAAAAGUAUAGCGGCGGGGAUGUCGUGCAAUUCGACUGUGAUGCCAACCACAUGAUGGACGGGAAGAAUAUUAUCGUCUGUCAAGAGAACGGGAGAUGGUCGGCACCUGUACCCAAAUGUGAAUUAGCUUGCCCGUUCCCUGGACCUUCAGACGCAAUCAUAUCGAAAGCCGACUACUUCUAUCGUAUCAAUGAGACGGUCACUUUUGAGUGCAAAGAUGGUUUCGAGCUGAGAGGGCCCAAAAUGCUGCGUUGCCUUGACGACGGACGGUGGUCGAGUACCACACCCACCUGUCAUUCGACGAGGAAGGGCUAAAAGGGUUACAAACAGCACAGGGAGGGAAUCUCGUCUUCCACGACAUUAAUCCUUUUGAGACAGAACAAAACACGGUGCUUCUCACACACGCUGUUCUGCAAAAUGGCAAGUUUCUACAUCAGACUUAGCAACUAAAAACUAUUUUGAUCUAAUUCUACAUUUUAGAACUCUUUUUCCAAUGGAAUAUCAUCGCCGAAGAGCAUGCUAUUUGUAAUAUAUAUCUUUUUCCCCUGACGACAGAUUAACCUAUGCUUUUACAAUAGAAGUUUAGCUUUGACCGAAACUUAGAACCACAACAUGAAACGCUUCGACGGAAUUAUUCGUGACUAGAGUGGAGAGAUGAAGUUCAAGGAAAA